AUGAACGGUUCACGACGUAUGGAGAAGCUUGCGCCGUCGUUGAAUGGGUCUAUCAGUCCCUCAACAUACACUGCACACUCCUUGGAUCAGCAGCAGAUUUCCGUCUACAAUAAUUUGCAAAAGCCACUGUUUGAAAUCAAACCAGUCCAAUUGCAAUUCGAACUACAUCAUGCGUUGAACAGACUUCUCGUGGCCAACAGUCAGAUGUUUUUAUUUGUUGGAGAGACCUUGUAUAAGAUUGAUUUGAAUAAUCCGUCAAAGUUGAUGAAAUUCAGUGUACCACAGAAGGGUGGCUCUUUUGCCGCAUGGGUGGAUACUACAGCACAGCAUCUUGUUAUACGAAUUGACCAACAAUACUUCUACUUGUACAAGUCGUACAAAUCAUUCAAACCGUUGCCAAAGCUCAAGGGACUAGACGUUGAGGCACUUGCUUUUACGUCAUCAAAUACUAUUGUGAUGGCGACGAAAGCGGGUUAUAUCUACUUAGCAGCUAUCAAAUCGCAUGAUGAUACGAAAAAGACCGAUAUUCAACACUUGAAACACGUGCAUACGGUAGAUUCACAAGUGCGUGGGAUAGCGAUCACCGAGAAUCAGUCAUUGAUUAACAUACUAGCAAAAGAUGCAAUCUACACCUGGUCCUGUUUCGAUACCUCCUUCUUAGAGUUGUCGAAAGUAUUCAAAACUCUGCCAGUUGUGAAAAAAGUUGGCACUAGCGACAAAUGGUUGUUGACAACUAGCGGUAACAAGUUUGUAUACAUUGGAAAGGAAGUCACCACCAACGAUGAUGAGAUACAAUUUACCACAUUGAAUGAUACAAUUGAUGACAUUAUUCUAACGCCCCAUCAUCUUAUUGGCUACCAUGGGAAGCAGGUUUACAUCUACAACAAGCUUAAUCAAGAGUCGAAAAUACUAGAUAUGGAAGAACAGAUCCGAGGGAUUGCCAGCGACACUAGUUCAUACUGGACGUACACUAAAAAUUACAUCUACGAAAUACUCAUAUCCAACGAAAGCAGCUUAGUUUGGUACGACUAUUACAAGAUGAACAAGUUCGAGGAAGCUUUAAACUGUCUCGAAGAUAGUGAGGAAAACUUUUUCAAAAGGGAUUUGGUGUUGAUAAAACAAGGGUACGACUAUUUACAAAGAGGCGGGUUUGGACUUGAGCUGAAGAACAAGGAGCUCGUAAAUUUGCAAAAGAAAGGAAUUGGCAUACUAGCUAGGCUGACGGAACCCUUUGAGAAAGUGUGUUUAAUGUUGAACCUGUCCAAUGCCGUCAGUUUGCUAAUUGACUACUUGUUGGUAAAGUUUGCAAUAAACAGAAAGAAUAAAGUCAGGGCGGCCGUGCUAUCCACAUGGAUAAUUGAGUUGAUGACGAGAACAAGCGAUGAGCGUUUCUACGAGUUUGUAAAGAAAAACCACAAAUUACUAGACAGAUCUAUUUACAAUAUUUUGAGCGGAGAAAAGGCCCUCUUUUAUGCUGAGACAAUCGAGGAUUACCGCUUUGUUUUGAACUAUCAAAUAGCAGAUAAGAAUUGGCCACUUGCUGAAAAAGCUCUCAUCAGAAUUUAUUCAAAAAAUGUGGACGAAGUUUACAAACAUUCCACCGACUUCUUGCUAAAUUAUCCCAAGAUCAUUGAUACCUGGCUCAAGUUUGAUUUGAAUUAUGACAAGUUACUUCCUGCUGUGCUAGCAUACUGUGAAAAAAAUCACAAUCUCCCUCUAAAUCAAAAUGCUGCCAUCAAGCUUUUACUGAAGGUUCAUGACAAAGGCUACAAAAGCAAGAAGCUCAACAACUAUUACUUGUCUCUUUUAAUUUCACAUCACGACGAUGCCAAUCACUUGAUCAUAAAAUUCAUCAAUCAUGAGACAGCAUACGACCAAAACUUUAUCCAAAGGUUAUGCUUGUUACAUCACAAAGUUCAUCCUGCGGUAUUGAUCUACAUUGAUAUGGGAUUAUUUGAGCAAGCAUUGGAGGUGUCACUAAAGAAUAACGCUAUCGAGUUGGGGGAGCUUGUACUUAGUAAGUAUGAAGAGAUUGCCGAGGAUGGCGAUCAAUCUGAUGAUGAUAAUAAGUUGGAAAAGGAAAGCUACAACACAAGAAGACAUUUGUGGCUUACAUUUGCAAAGCACCUUAUUGAUCGCACUUGCGAGGGUAAGAAAGUGGGACUUGAAGAAGUGGACUCCUCUUCCAACAAGUUAAAUGCGACGUUGUCUUACAUACAAAAGAAUUCGCCACUCAGUUUAAAAGACUUGUUACCCCUUUUUCCGGAAACAGUCAUGAUCAACAAUUUCAAAGAUGAAAUAGUGGACUCUCUUAACGAGUACAAAAGAAGCUUACAGGAUAUCAAUAUGAGAAUCCAGGAAAAUCAUUCCUUGCUCACCACUUUGAAACAGGAAGCUCAUGAUGAGACACAAAAGAGAUCGGAGCACUAUUCAGUAAUCAAACCAGGAUCAACUUGCUACCUAUGCCACAACUUGCUUGCAACAAAGAAGUUUAUAUUUUUUGACAAUUGUCAACACGGAUUCCACAAAGAAUGCUUAGUACGACACAACCUCAAAUCAAAAGGAAAUUACAAUUUCAAAAAACUAUAUCAAAGCUUUAUCAAAAACAAGGACAAGGACCAGCAAGAAAUAAAGCGGGAAAUCGACAAAAUGUUAUGCAAGGAGUGUAUCCUUUGCAAUGAGGCAAGUAUUAAUGAUGUUGACGUUGGUUACUUGGAAGAAAAUGAUAGAGACGUUGACGAAAUUAAGGCGUGGGAGUUGUAG